UGUCAGAUUUAGUUUAAUAGGGCUGAACAGGCCCAAGACUUUGCGCGCAUCAGCAUCAACUUCCAAACAUCGCUUAAUUGAAGCUUAAACAGUCUAUUCACUACCUAAAUGUCGCAGCAACCUCCUUACUGGCAAGGUUCCCAGGGCGGCGCGCCCCCUCAGCCGGGCUAUCCGGGACAGCAGCAGCCUGGCCAGGGCUACUACCAGCCACCUCCAGGCCAACAACCGCCUUACGGCUACCAGCAGCAAGGCCCACCUGGAGGACAGCCAAAUCAGCCAUAUCCUCCUGUAGGCCAACAAUACCCUCCUUCAGGUCAGCAGGGCCAAUAUCAGCAGCAUUCACAGGGCUAUCCACAACAGCCUCACGGCCAGCAAGCCCCCGGACACCAAGCGCCUUACGGGCAACAGCCUCCUCCGGCUCCUUAUGGACAGGGACAGUAUCCUCCCCAGCAAUACGGCGGUCCUCAGCAAGGCCAGCCUCCAUACCCUGGCCAGCAACAACAGCAGCCACCGUACCCAGGUCAACAAUGGCACCAGCAGCCUGGACAGCAGCAGUAUGGUGGGCCGCCAGUAAACGUUCCUCCAACGCCAGCAUCGCCAGGUUAUGACCCAGCCCAAAAGGCAUGGGUCAAGCCUGUAGACACCGCAGCAGACGUGGAGGCUCUCCGAAAGGCCAUGAAGGGAAUGGGCUGUGAUGAAAAGGCUCUGAUUCGUGUUCUCGUCAGCCCCAAAUACGCUGAUCCAUGGACUAUGGCCCAGCUAGUCCGGGACUACAAUAGCCGUUUCAUGCGCGAUCUCGCAAAGGACAUCGAAAGCGAGACCCGUGGCGACUUUGAAACAUGUCUUCUCGCUCUGAUUCGCGGACCAUUGGAGAAUGACGUUCAAAAUCUGUCAAAGGCUCUUAACCGCGCUGGCACCGAUGAAGAUGCGUUGAACGAUGUUCUUCUCUGCCGCUCAAAUGCAGAUAUUCGUGCUAUUACAGCCGAGUACAAGCGUUUCCGAGGCAAAGAACUUCUGGUCGAUAUCAAGGAGGAUGUCGACGAUACCCUCUACCGACUCUACAGCAUGGUUCUUGCCGCCAGGCGAGCGGAGGAUAAUGCUCCAGUGAUUCCUCACGAGAUUGACCAGAAGAUUACAGAACUGCAGAGGGCCACUGAGGGUACAAUCGGUGCCAACGCUGUUUCUGUAGCCCAGAUAUUCACCAGCAGCAACGACGCCCAAGUUCGUGCAAUGAACGAUGCAUAUCAACACAAAUAUCACCGCAGUCUUGAGAGUGUUAUUGAGAAGGAGUUCCGCGGUGACAUGGAAGACGUGCUGCUGCGGAUACUCUACCAUGCACAGGAUCGAGCUCGAUCUGAUGCAGGCAGACUCAGUAUGCCACUGAACAAGUCGAUGCGUAAGGACCGUCUCUUCAUCAACAGACUCGUCAGUCUCUACUGGGAUCAGGGGCGCUUAUAUCAGACAAAGCAGGCGUACAAGCCAGUUACUGGUGCUACGUUGAGUGGGAAUAUCAAGUCGGUGCUGAGCGGUGACUACAAGGACUUUGCUCUGGCAUUGAUUGGUGAGAAAUAGGUAUUAUGAAGCAAUGUUGGAUACUCUGUCAAAGGUUGUUUAUUUUGAACAUGCAGUCAGAUUACAAGCCUUGACCAAGUUAUCUUGUUGUGAUGCAAAGUAUAUACGGGACUUUUGGUAGCUUGAGUCCUUGAUUGCGAAUGCGAUACAUGAAUAUAAUAAAAGCUUACCUGCGGCCGAGAAGUGCAAU